GAGAUUUCCGCGUCCAGGCUUCCAUCCUCGUCUUCCUGGCGCGGUUGCUUCGCGGCGGUGAGAUGCAUUCAGACGACAUUGUUUGGGAUACUCUUGGAAAUAAACAGUUCUGCUCGUUUAAGAUCAAAACAAAAACUCAGAGCUUUUGCCGAAAUGAAUAUAAUAUAACAGGCCUGUGCAAUCGCUCAUCCUGUCCCUUAGCCAACAGUCAAUAUGCUACUGUUAAGGAAGAGAAAGGACAAUGUUACCUUUACAUGAAGACCAUUGAACGGUCUGCUUUUCCCAAUCGGCUCUGGGAACGAGUCCGAUUGAGCAAAAACUACGAGAAAGCAUUAGAGGAGAUUGAUGAGAAUCUCAUCUACUGGCCUCGCUUCAUCCGGCACAAAUGCAAGCAGCGCUUUACCAAGAUCACCCAGUACCUGAUCCGAAUCCGCAAGCUGACACUGAAGAGGCAGAGGAAACUUGUUCCGUUAAGCAAAAAGAUUGAAAGGCGUGAAAAAAGACGAGAGGAAAAAGCCUUAAUUGCUGCUCAGCUGGACAAUGCAAUUGAAAAGGAAUUACUGGAGAGACUCAAGCAAGAUACGUACGGCGAUAUCUACAACUUCCCCAUCCAUGCUUUUGACAAAGCUCUGAAGCAGCACGAAGCUGAAAGCGAAAGUGACUCAGAGGUGGAGAAAGAGGCAGAGGAGGAACAAGAUUUGAACAAGAGGGAAUAUGUAGAAGUUGAUGAGAGUGAUCUCAGCGAUUUUGAGGAAAUGGAUAAACUGGAGUCAAGUAGCGAGGAGGCGACAUGCAGCGAGGAGGAAGAGAAAGAAUUAGAACCCAAGUCUAAGGGGAAAACUCCACUGAAAGGGCCAUUUAGGCGGAAACGAGCUUAUGUUGAAAUAGAGUACGAGCAGGAAGUGGAACCUCUGUCCAAGUCCAAAGAGACAUUACUUGGGAGUUGAGGACAAAAAAAUACUUGGACUGUGAAAUAAUUGUACAUGUCUUCACCAUGGAACUGCCUGGAGGCUUUUUGUAUAAAAGAGAUGAAGGAAUAAGCAAACUAGAACAAGUGA